AUGGCGGACAAUGGCGCUCAAAAUGCUCAGUUUCUUGCUCCUCCAGCCGUGACUGCCUUGAGGCAGGAGGCCCGCCCCGUCGACCCGAAUUGCUCUCCCUCGUUGCGCUCGGUAUCCGACGACAUGCAAGAAGAACGCGAGGAUUUGAAGGAGGCCGCUGAGCAGACCUUGAAUGUCAUCGUUGAUUUGGAUCUGGAUGGUCGCAUAAAAUGGGUUAGUCCGUCGUGGAAACAGGUCGUGGGGACUCGUGCGGAGGAUGUUGAAGGCCGCAUGAUCUCUGAGCUUUUGGUCGACAACAGGGAUGUCUUCCAGAACGCGAUUGAGUCCUUGAAGGAGGACGACUCUCGCAGUCGUUUUAUUCGCUUCGCACUGUUCAUGGGCCCCGAGUCGGUUUUGAAGUAUUCGCCGGAGCCACGACCCCUCGAGCCGGAGGCUCCGAGUGCUGCUCAAACUGAAGGCUCAGAUAACCAGGAGGUGCCUCCUACUGAACCCGAGCGCAAUAAUGACGUCCUGAACAUGGAAGGACAGGGGAUAAUGGCGUUUGAUCGAACUGCGAAGGGUGUCGGCCACACCAUGUGGAUGUUACGGCCCUUCACCCAACCAAGGGAGGUCACCAUCGACCUCCCUCCAUUGCUAGUGGAGUCUUUGGGUGUCGGCGCAGAGGUCUUGGCCAACUACUUGACGACGCUGGCGGAAGCAGCUGCGAAUGAGCCUGACCCCUCCAAAUAUCCCGCCCCUAGCCCCGUCCUAUGUCGCAUCUGCGAACGUCAGAUCACACCCUGGUGGUUCGAGAAACAUUCAGACCUAUGCCUGCAAGAGCAUCGCGCCGAGAUGGAUGUCCAGAUUUCUCAAGAGAAUCUCAAUGAACACCGUCAUGCAAUCGUGAAGGUAUUAGAUACUCUGGAGAACAGACAAGGCAGGCCCUUCGUGCUCGGUGAUAGCAACUCGGCCGCGAUACCUCAGGCGGAGUAUAAAGGCCUGCCUAUUGGUCCGUCUCCCACUGCUUCUGCUCCGUCAUCCGGAUCGGUCUCCAAUUCAAGCUCCGCCCCGGGCACUCCGCCUAGAUCCAGGGACCACUCGGUCUCGGGAAUUGGACACGCUCGGGGUCGGUCUUUUGCUGUGCGGCGGCCACUGUCUCGGGUAGUCGAGCUUAUCCUGGACCUGUGCGACACGGCACUGGAGAUCAAUAUGCCUAUGAUUAAGGAAACCCGAACGGACGCGGGGGAUGACUUUCGAACCCUAUCUCCGCAGUCAGAAUCUCGGAUUUCGCAGGUCCUCCAGUGGCAAUCUCCCAGUUCCAAUACCUUGGACCAGGAACAAGGUCUGGCUGCCUUGUGUAUGGACACCGAGCGGGUUUCCAAGUCGAAAGUAGAUGCGGUGAUUCGCCAUCGCAGGAUUGUGGACUAUGCAGAGCGGAUUCGAGUCGAGUACACGGUAUUAGUAGAAGAGUGUAUCACAGAGGCUCUCAGUAAAGCAGAACGCAUAGCGGCCGGUCAAUUAAGCGAUUCUAGCUCCUCAGACGACGAUUCUCCCAGAGAUGACACUACCGCCGCUGCCCCAAGUCCGAAACUAUCUCGAGAGAUAGCGCCACUGCCGCCCCCUCCGACUAUGUCCGCCCUCACGAUGUCGAUGCGCAGUUCCCCAGAUCGAAUCCAGUCACCGUACCUCUCUGAAGGGAAGACCUCGUCGGUGGCCGUGUCUACUGGAUCUAAUAGUCCAAUGGAGUGUCCCACUCCCCGCUCUCACAAGAGCAUGGCCAGUGUGCUGGGGACGUCUCAGCCUUCCCGCCGAGCUCUUUCGUCGGCAGAUUUCGAUGCGGGUGACAACAGCGAUAGCAGCAUCCCUUAUUCUGCUUUGCCUGGUGCCGUGCGAACAGAUUCACCGUCGUCUGACCGGAGCCUCAAACGCAGGAGCCUCGUUCUCCCUGGCCUGUCCAGCUCCCCUCACCGGCAGCAUUCUCCUGCCAGAAUAUCAGGGCCACACUCUCCCUUGCGGAUGCCCAAACCUCGCCUUUCCAGCGGCGGCGCGGAAAGCUUGCCUUCUCCUGUUGUGUCACCGUUAACGAAUGCAAGCGAAAUAAUCCAACCUCACUACCGCCAUCAUCGCCGACAAUCUUCAGCUACCUCAUCUGAUGUUGCGCGGCCGCCAGUCUCUCCCCAUUUGACCUCGGCCAGCCAGCCGCAGCCACGUCCAGCACCACAGUCUAUCAAAGAUUUCGAAAUUAUUAAGCCUAUAAGCAAAGGUGCUUUUGGGAGUGUUUAUUUGUCCAAGAAAAAGACCACCGGCGAGUACUUUGCCAUCAAGGUUUUGAAGAAAGCAGACAUGGUCGCCAAGAACCAGGUCACCAAUGUGAAGGCUGAGCGGGCGAUUAUGAUGUGGCAGGGCGAAAGCGAUUUUGUUGCGAAACUGUAUUGGACAUUUUCCAGCAAAGAAUAUCUCUACUUGGUAAUGGAGUAUCUGAAUGGGGGGGAUUGUGCUUCGCUUGUCAAAGUCUUGGGUGGUCUGCCCGAGGACUGGGCCAAGAAGUACGUUGCAGAAAUAGUCCUUGGGGUCGAGCACCUCCAUGGCAGGGGUAUUGUUCACCGUGAUCUCAAACCGGAUAACUUUCUGAUCGAUCAAACCGGUCAUCUCAAGCUCACCGAUUUCGGCUUGUCCCGCAUGGGUUUGGUCGGGCGCCAGAAGCGCGUUCUAAAGAGCUUGAACGAGCCUGCUCCUGAUCUGCUGAAACAGGGACCCUUCCCUCGUGCUACAUCCAUAGCGUCCUCUCGAUCGGCAUCCUUUGACUUUCAAGGCAACGGCUCGCCAGGCUCUACGCCCUUGAUCACCCCAGACGCCGCCGGCAGUAUGUCUCAGCCAUCCUACUUCAACCUGAAUCAGAGCAGCGGGCUUAGCCGACAGACUUCGCGCCGAGCAUCGGGCUAUCGUAGUGAUAGCGGAGGAAGUGAUAGCUUGAACGCCAUUUUUCAAACAUUGUCGCUUAACGAAGGAAGCGAAACGUGUUCUUUGCCUGUUCCGGUUCCUGGGCACUCUUCAAGUGGUUUUCUUGAGGAAGAGGGCCCAAGCGAGCCGGGCGAAUCCCCUCAGCUAUAUCCAUUUUCGUUAAGCCAUGGCAAUUCGGUUCCACACGAUACUCCCCUGCAACAGGGAAUGAUGCCUCCGCUGACGGCGCUCUUCGAUCCAGAAGACCACAACAGGCGUUUUGUUGGCACUCCAGACUAUCUAGCGCCGGAGACGAUCAAUGGCGUGGGCCAGGACGAAAUGAGUGAUUGGUGGUCUCUUGGCUGCAUUAUGUUUGAAUUCUUGUUCGGCUAUCCACCUUUCAAUGCAGGCACCCCGGAUGAAGUAUUUGAUAACAUUUUAAAUCGGAGGAUCAAUUGGCCGGAGGAUGCUGAGGAAUUGGCAUCUACAGACGCUAUUGAUCUCAUGAAUAAACUGAUUACGAUCAAUCCUCGCGAGCGAAUUGGAGCAAAUGUCGAUGAGAAAUUCCCCAAUGGAGGAGCCGAAAUUCGACACCACCCAUGGUUUUCGGACAUUAACUGGGAUACGUUACUCGAGGACAAAGCUCAGUUUGUUCCCAAUCUCGAGAACCCCGAAGACACUGAGUACUUCGAUCCCCGUGGUGCUACACUCCAGGCCUUCACCGAGGAACACGAAGACGGCAGCUCACCCCCGCAUCCGUUGACAACCGGGCCGUACCCAGACCGACCCCAUGACGCUCUUUUCAAGGUUCGCUCGCACGUCAAUUCGAUGAAACGGCCGCUGAUGCCUUUGCACAUUCCGCCUCAUGUGCGCGAGUCACGUAGUAGAAGGCUCAGCGAGCCGACUUUGGCUGACGACUUUGGAAAUUUCUCUUUCAAGAACCUUCCAAUGCUUGAAAAGGCCAAUAAAGACGUGAUCCAAAAACUGCGUCAGGAGGCAAUGCAGGCACAGCAACGUCAAAUCGCCCCUUCAGGCUCACAACAGCAGCCGCCGCCUCCGCCUCCGCCGCAGGGACAAGUAUCUCAACCCCCUCCUCCAGCACCAUCAUCCUUCGGGCCUUCUCUGGAGGGAAGCCCAUUGCCCAUGUCGCUGCAGCGGACAUUGUCGCACAGUAAGGGCAGCAACCGACCGUCUUCUCCGUCAAGUUUAAGCCAAGCCAACUCGUCUCCCAGUCGCCCAUCGCAACCAUCGUCCCCUCUCCUGGUGCAAUUCAGCACGGGUCACCACAACCAUGAGCGCCGAAAGACCUCCGGGUCUUCUUCAACUAACUCCUACCAAUCUAGUGGUUCUUUCCAGCCCAGUAGCGCAGACCAAAAUCGUGCGUCGGCGUUGAAAUUUAACUCCACAGCAUCAUCGCCGAUCAAAACUACCAGACCUACUACCAAUUCACCUGACAAGACGCCGUCUGCUCCACCACGUCAAGGCAGUGUCCCAGUGACAAGAACUAGGUCGCAGACGAUUGGAUCACAGGAUGGAGAUCUAUCAUCUUCCCUAGCAAAAGAAUCAUAUGUUGCAGGCCAUUACAAACGUCGUAGCCAGCUUUUCGAUAUUUCCCCUUCCUCCUCAGACAACGAAGAUCGUGCAAAGGCCUUGCUCAAAGUGCAACGACGGCGUCACAGCUCAAGGCGUCUCUCACAGAUCAAUUUCCCCGAGGGGCCAUUUUUCCGGCCCCUGGACGUGCUUAUUUGUGAGGACCAUCCGGUUUCUAGAUUGGUAAUGGAACGCUUGUUUGAGAAACUUCGUUGCCGCACCAUUACAGCCGUAAAUGGUGCAGAGGCUAUGCGCUAUGCGCUGAGCGAGGUCCGAUUCGAUAUCAUUUUGACUGAGUACAAGUUGGCCCAGGUGAAUGGGGCAGAUGUGGCACGUAUGGUGCGGGAAACGCGGAGCGCUAAUCGACAUACACCAAUAAUUGCAGUUACCGGCUAUUUGAAGGACCUGCCCGAGACUCAUCAUUUUGAUACGCUCGUUGAGAAACCUCCGACCCUGACCAAAUUUACGGAGUUGUUGUGCGGGUUCUGCCAGUGGAAACCUCCCCCGAAGGAUUAUCAUCCUUCACAGCCGCUACCUUUCCCACCCUCUGUACUGCGCCAUUCUGCUGCACCGACGGAUCAUAGCCCUAGUUCAACAACUUCAUCUGGCUUCGUGCCAGUGCUUUCGAGCUCUUACCGGGGAUCCAGUCGCCAGGACUCAAUUGGUAGUAGCUCAUGCGGUGACAUAGAGUCAGUCAAAGCCGAGGAUGUUCCAAUGAUUCUGGGUCGCCAGAAUGAUGAUUGGGAUCAAAGUCAAAGCGGACUAGGUAUUUCUGAAGGUGCAACUACAGUUCCAAAAACUCCUGAACACAACAAUAAACCAGAGACGAACGUGGCACCUCUUCCACAGAUACUACACGCCUCAGUUCCCACCGAAAUGAACCCCUCUGGCUUAGUCGUUCCACGCAAACAGCGUUCUAGUGAAGCCAUUCGUGCCAAGAGAGAAUCGUUAGAGAAAAAGCGCUACGAAUGUGUAGAGUCUGGAGAUGAUGAAGAUGAGGAGCUUGGAAUUACUCAGUUGCGUGCACAGAGUCCGCGGAGCCGCGCUAAUCGUCCCGGCUCUAAACUAGGGAUCGAGAUGAUGAGGACAAACAGCAGAGGGAGCGUGGUCAGCGGUAGUGAGGAGCUGUUGAAGAAAGAAAGGGAGGUACUGGAGAGAGCUAGAGCUAGAUGUUCUGGUGGUUCUGGAGAUCUGGCUGGAUCGCCUUGUGAUGUGAGGCUGGAAGACAAUUUCGAAGGACUCCAGAUUCCCGAGGAGGCUGCAUCAGUCGAAGAUAAAUUCAGUCCCAGGCAUUCGACUACCCGAGAAUCUACAGGGUCCGAAACCGAACCCAACAUAGAGACUUCUCACAGUGGGCACAUUACGCCUCCCGCCGAGUCUACCAAAGGCGACAACGGCCUAGAAACCACGCCGACUAAUCCGAACACUCCAUCCGUCAUGAUUAUUAAAGACUAUAGUGAGACAGAAUUUAAUAUCGACAACGACAUCAUCCAAAGCACUGAUGCAGAAGCCACACCUCGGCCAAUACACACACCUUCCCUCGGUCUAGAUCCAGAAGACACCGCCAGACCUCGCCAGCCAGGGCGAUAG